AAAAUUAUGAAUGAAAAUGAUGUGUGACAAUCCUGCAGCAGGAGGCAGAAUUUGUAGGCAGCCUUACAGGCGGAACCCAGGGCGUUAAAUCACAACUCACUAACCCCUUUCUCUUGUUCUGCCGGCGCGAGUCUGUCUGCCUCUCACUAUAGCAACCAGCAACAAGAAGAAGAAGAGGAGGAAGAGGAAGAGGAGAAGGGUGGAGCUGCUGAAUGGGAUUCAUAUCAACAUCUAUGAGACGCUGAGAAAUAUGGAUGGUGGUGGUGGAAAUAAUGAUGUGCAGGCAGAUCUGGACUCCGUGGAGGCGGAGCUGGAGUUGGUGGAGCUGCAGAUCGCAGAGCUCCUGCAGAAACAGGCUGAGCUGACUACUCGCAAAAAUGCACUGCUGCAACAGCUGGAGGAGGCCUGCGAUGCUGCGCAGCCUUCGUCCUCUUCAUCCGCAUCUUCCUCAAAGUCCUCUGGAGCUGCUCCGGUAAUGAGCAAAGAGGAGAUGCAGCUCUAUGAUGGCACAGAUUUCCCGUGGUCCGAAGAAGUGGAGCAGCAGCUAAAGGACUCGUUCCGUCUCUCCACGUUCAGACCGCUGCAGCUGAGGGCCAUCAACCUGACUCUGUCAGGCAGAGAUCUGUAUCUGGUGAUGCCCACAGGAAGAGGAAAAAGCCUCUGCUACCAGCUGCCUGCAGUCUGCUCCAAGGGUUUUACAUUGGUCGUCAGUCCCCUGGUGUCCCUGAUGGAGGACCAGAUCAUGUACCUGAAGUCCAUCGAUGUGCCAGCAGUCAUGCUGAAUGCAUCCAGUAGCAAGGAGCACGCCAAGACCGUCAUGGCUGGAAUGACGGAUCCCAAGUCCCCUUUCAAGCUGCUGUAUGUGACGCCGGAGAAGAUCGCCAAGAGCAAGCUGCUCAUGUCUCGUCUGGAGAAAGCCUACAACGCCAACCUGCUGAGUCGUGUUGCCGUGGACGAGGUACACUGCUGCAGCCAGUGGGGACACGACUUCAGACCAGAUUACAAACUGCUGGGCAUCCUGAAGAGGCAGUUCCCCAAAGUCCCACUGCUCGGGCUCACCGCCACGGCAACCAGCAGCGUCCUCAAGGACUGCGAGAAGAUCCUGUGUGUGCCAAAGCCGAUCACGCUCUCUGCAUCCUUUAACCGAACCAACCUCUACUACGAGGUUCGUAUUAAAGAUUCGAACUACGAUGCGUCAAUAAGCGACAUCGCGUCUUUGAUCAAGAGCAGAUACAAGGAUCAGUCAGGGAUCGUGUACGUGUUCUCUCAGAAGGAUGCAGAGUCGGUGUCCUCUGAGCUCCAGAAGAGAAACAUCCUGGCCUAUCCCUACCACGCUCACAUGGACCCCAGCGAUAAAUCCAGCGUUCACCGCAAAUGGACCUCCAACAAAAUCCAGGUAGUGGUGGCCACAGUGGCGUUUGGCAUGGGCAUCGACAAGCCUGACGUCCGGUUUGUCAUCCACCACACCAUCAGCAAGUCCGUCGAGAACUACUACCAAGAGAGCGGGCGCGCAGGUCGAGACGACCUUCCAGCCGACUGCAUCAUCUACUUCGGUUUCUCUGACAUCUUCAGGAUCAGCACCAUGGUGGUGAUGGAGAACGUCGGUCAGCAGAAGCUGCUGCAGAUAGUCAACUACUGCCAGAAUGUUGACAGGUGUCGGCGCUCUCUCAUGGCUGUUCAUUUUGAUGAGGUGUGGGACGACAAAGGAUGCAACCAGAUGUGUGAUACUUGCCGUCAUGCAAAAGACUACACCACCGUAGACCUUACUCAGCAUGCCAAGCAGGUGGUGCAGAUCCUGGAGCUAGCAGCCUCGUCGGACGAGAAGCUGACUCCUCUGAAGCUGGUGGAGACGUGGAUGGGGAAAGGCCCGGCCAAGCGCAGGAAGAUGAUCCAGACCACCACGCUGUCUCGGCUGCAGGCCGAAGCUGUGAUCGUGCGGCUGCUGCUGCAGGGAUACCUCAGAGAGGAUUUCAGCUUCACUCCGUACACCACCUACUUCUACAUGAAGCUGGGCCGCAAAGCUCCUCUGGUGAAGAGCCCGACUCACACUCUCAGCAUGAAGAUGAGGACGACGGAGACCGGAGCUGCUGUGUACACAUCAGCCAACGAGGAGGAGACUGAUGUGACCUUUGAUGCCGUUGUCAUGGACAACAGCUGUCCCCCACAACCCAAACAGAAACUAGUUAAAGAGCAGAGGAACCUGUCCAGGAAACAAGACCUGAAGCCAGUCAGCCCAACAGAUGGACCUGGAGAGGAAGAGGAGAACAAAAGGAGGUCCGUUAUGCCUCAACAUGGCAUUGAGGUUGAUGUUGAAAUAAACAUUAUAGAUAACAGUCAGAAAACACCGCCACAUCCAGUUAAACCUUUUACCAAACGUAAAUCCACCACGCCUCAGAGAGCGAGAAGGAAACCCUGCGCUGAUUCAGCUGCAGCAGAUGUUUCCUCUCCGUCCCCCGGGGGGGGCGACACGGCCUCCAUCAUCUCUGAUACUGCAGCCGAAGAGCUCUCUGACCUGAGGAACUAUUACAGCAAGCAGCUGAGGAGGAUAAACUACAUUUCCCAUGAGUAUCUGGGACAGCCGUCAGAGCCAGGAGUGCUGACGUGCAUCAGGGAGCCUCUGAGGAGCCUCCGUCUGCCCCGCAGGGUGACCAUCGCCCAGACGGCCCGAAGCCUUUGGACACGAGUCAGUGGCAGGAGGAAGCUGGUUCACCGGUGACGUCACAGUUUGAUGUUUAAAGUUAGGGUCGGUAUAAUGCUGAGAAACUAGCAAGAGGACAUGAGAUUUAAGAAACUGAAAAACCCAGCCCAGUGUUGUCAACUCUUGCAGGCGGGCAGAAUGUCCAAUCAUUUCAAAUCAGGUCGAGUAAAAUGACGGGUUUAUUACGGUCCUGCGACAGCCACAGAUACUGGAUUUGUUUUCUUUUUUUUUGUCUGAGGAUUUUGUUUUGUAUGACGGAGUUUUAGGGCCACAUUGAGGAAAAAAAUUUAGGAGAAAAAAAGUCAUAAUAUUAUGAGGAU